AUGUUUCAGAUUGGAAGGUUUGAUCCUCGUGCAGAGGAGAAAGCAAAAGAAAAGAAGAAGAAAAAGUCAAAGAAGUCGAGAAAGCGCAGUUUUGAUGAAGGAGAAGGGUCAGAGGAAGUCAAGAAGCAACGAGAGGAACCACAGCAUGAAAAGGAAACGAAACCAUCAUCUCUUACAGUGAUUGCUCCUGAAACCAAAGGAGCCACAUCGAAAGAGCGCAAGCUAAACAGCAAAGUCAAUGAAGAAGCUUUUGAUGACUUGGACAUAGAAGAGAAUGAACUUUUCAAGGAAGACGACGCCGACGAUGAAGAGAUACCAGAGAAAGAGGCCGAAUCCAAAUCGAUGGACGUCGAAGAGAACGAGACCCCCUUUGAUCCUACCAACGAGAUGCAACGAGCGGAGCACAUGUCAAAACUUCCAUUGUUGGAGGCAGCGCGACGGUGGAAGCUUUCUGAUUUUCUAGUCAACAACUUGCAGGCCGAUGGAUACAACAAUUUCUUCACGAUUCAGUCACUUGUUCUAUCGGACGUCCUGAGCUCUGCCAACGAUAGCACCAGUGGAUGGCAACGAGACGUCUGUGUUGCAGCUCCUACAGGAAGUGGAAAAACCCUAGCCUUUGUUUUGCCUGUCUUACAGACGCUGUCGACUCGAAAGAUUCGAAGGCUGAGAGCCUUGUGUGUGCUGCCAAGCAGGGAUUUGGCAAAUCAAGUCUACCAAGUAUUUGAGCACUACGCCAAGGGCUCAGAUCUAAAGAUCGGGCUAGCAAUUGGUCAGUCAAAUUUUCAAGAGGAGCAAGAAGCUCUGGUUGUUGGUUCUGGACAUACUGCAAGGAGUUCAACACAAUAUCUUGCUUCGUUCCGGAGCCAUCUGCAUCCUGGAAACUUGCAACUAGCUUUAGACCAAGCUCUCGAAGAAAGUGACAUGAAGGAGGAGCUUGCAACGAGUGGAAUUGACGUGAAACCGACCACUGUGAGCGCUGUUGACGUUCUUGUAUGCACCCCUGGUCGAUUGGUGGAUCACAUGGACAAUACUCCAGGCUUUUCUUUGGAGCAUCUUCGCUUCUUGAUCAUUGAUGAAGCAGAUAGGUUGCUGAGUCAGUCAUAUCACGGCUGGAUCCGCCGUGUCCUAGACCAAGCUCAGCAAUCCUCGGACACGGCAUCAAAUUCAUCUAUUGUGAAUCCUAGGCGCUCCUCCAAAACUUUGCAAUUACGAAAAUGGCUGUACUCAGCCACCUUGACAAAGGAUCCACAAAAGUUAGCAGCAUUGCAACUUGUCCACCCAAAACAAUUUACAAUGAAUGCGGAUACUUCAAACAGCAGAAGCGUAUAUACUAUGCCUCCACAACUGGACGAGUUCACUAUUUCGUGUAAAGCCGAACAGAAACCACUGGUGCUGAUAUCCUUGCUUAUGGAAUUCAUGCAACAACAGCACGAAAAGGCUUCCAAAAAGAAGGAGUUGGUUGUCGUGUUCACAUCAAGUUUAGAAUCAACGCAUCGUUUGACACGUUUAUUACAGCUGUUAUGGCGAAAUGUGUUUGCACCUCUUGAGAGUGAGAUAGGUCAUACUGAUGAAAUGACCUCCCCUGUUUCGGAAAUGUCAUCGAGUCUUUCUCAGCAACAAAAAGCAAAGCUUGUGAAUGACUGCAAUGAUGUAGACAGUAGUAGGUUAUCAAUCCUUGUUUGCAGCGACGGGAUGUCAAGAGGGAUGGAUCUUGAAUAUGUAACGCUGGUGAUCAACUACGAUGUGCCUGGUUUUGCCAAGACCUACGUUCAUCGAUGUGGCCGAACGGCUCGGGCCGGCAGAUCGGGAAGGGCGAUUUCCUUGCUGAAGGGAAAGGGACAAAUGGGAGCCUUUCGAAAGCUGCGGAGUCUCAUUGGUCAUUCGGAGCGGGUUCAACCCUAUCAGUGUGAUACGCAACUCAUUACACCCAACGUAACUCGUUCCUACAAGGAAUCCUUGCGGCAGCUCAGCGAAGUCCUGUCGGCAGAAGGUGAUGGAGAAAUCCAUCCUACUGAAACGCUACCAGAGGAAAUAUUGAACCCGCAAUUUGCAAACCAGUAG